AACACUCCGACAUGUUAUUUGAACACAAGCUAUAUCGGAAGUUAACUGGUGCAACAGCGCUGUCUAUUAACGAACUGUUUUUAAAUUUGAAAAAAUGUCUCUGCUACCUUUCUUCGUUGGUUACGAACAACCUCAUCGCCUGAUCGAUCAAAACUUUGGUUUGUCGCUUACUCCAGAUGACUUGCUAACGGCUGUCGUUUCACCGAUGAUGUCCAGAGACUAUUACCGGCCCUGGCGUCAAAUGGCUGCUGCAGUGAGAGACGUCGGUUCCACCAUUAAGUCCGACAAGGAGAAAUUCCAAGUGAACCUGGAUGUACAGCACUUCGCGCCUGAAGAAAUCACCGUGAAAACAGCCGAUGGGUACGUCGUAAUAGAAGGUAAACACGAGGAAAAGAAGGACGAACACGGCUACAUCUCUCGGCAGUUCACUCGCAGGUACGCACUGCCCGACGGCUGCAAUCCUGAAACAGUGGAAUCCAGAUUGUCGUCUGAUGGUGUCUUGACUGUGAUCGCUCCCAAAGUGGCUCCGGCGCUGAAGAACGAAAGGGCUGUGCCCAUAUCUCAGACUGGACCUGUGCGGAAGGAAGUCAAGGAUCAGACUUCAAAAAAUAAUGAUACACAAAAGUGAAUAUGAAUCUUAAGUACAGUUCAUCUUAUCUUGCAUGUUUUUUCCUAUAACGUGUAGAAGUAACACGUAUUUUAUAAUAAGACUGAACUUAAUUAUUCUAUUAUUUUUUGUGUAAGUACAUUUUAUUCAAUAAAUGUCUUGUGUAUCGUAAA